AUGCAAGGAGACUUGAAAGUUGAAUUUCCCCCGGAGAAUGAAGAAAACAGGCUGAGCGUCGUGAUUCCAUCACAGUGGCGCGUAGUUGUAUUAGCCGGGCAGAUGGAAGCAAGAUUUCUUGCACGGCGCUCCAAGAAUUGGCGACUCGUACCGACGUUGUCCGAUCCCGUUGAGUGCCGACAUGGCCAUUACUAUUCCAAUUCAGAGAUGGUAGGUAGCGCUCCAACCUCUCUCUACUCCGUACCUCACACCUGUACUCAAAUCAUGAUUUUCUCGGGCGACGCACAUGUCACGGGAUGCGGCGGCAACGCGGCCAUGUCGGUGUGCUCCCUGUAG